AUGACCGUAAACGCGUUCGCAGCAAGUCGUUUGCCUGUGGUACGGAGCGCGUUGGACUGUCGUUGGCAGGCUCGAGGAGCGUGCCUUGCCCCAGGACGUCACUGGCGACGUGCACCUCGAACGCGGGCAACAUCCCGAGCUGUUAUCGCCGGUUUGUUUGACGCGUUCAAACCACUCUUCGGCGACGGAGAGAAUGACCGCGCACAGAACAAACAACUUGAAAGUCAAAGGGAGCGUGAAAUUGCAGAGCAACAGAGAAUUAUGCGGGAGAAGCUGGAAGCGCGCCGAGCUGGGCGGCACCUCGAAGGCGUUGCAGAGCGGCGUCAAGCUGUGCAGGAGCAGCUCAACGCCAAAGAGAAACCAAAACCGGGCGAGGACCCGCUAAUAGCCUGGGAGCGGCAACGAGAGAAGGAGCGUACUGCUGGGACCUGGAAAGAGGUCGGGUACGGCGAAGAACCAAAACGGGGCAUUAUACUGCCCUGGCCGUCCUUCGGUAUACCGCGCUUCGAUUAUGGAGAACGCUUUGACCUCCGUUUGCCCUACGUUGACGAGGGCUACGUUGAUGAAGACGCAGAUAUCAUGGGUAAGGUAUUUGGACGGCGUCGCAAGCCGCCCGAGUCGCAACGUUCUCCAGAAAACGGCGACAACGGCACGAAUGCAGCCUCUGAAUAG